AGGGGAGUGCAGCGCGGCCUGCCCAGCGCAUUCCGCCGCCGCGGCCGCCGCUGCCGCCCCACGGACCGUCGCCAGCCUGUCCUGGGAGCCCGCCCCGCAGCGGCGGCCGGCAGCGCAGCGCUCCGCGGGCAAAAAGCGCGGCCCCCGGACCCCCGCAAGGCACCCGGCCUCCGGCCUCUCGGGGCUGCUGCCUGCCGGCGGCCGCCGUGAUGGCCCUCAAAAUGGUCAAGGGCAGCAUUGACCGCAUGUUCGACAAGAACCUGCAGGACCUGGUGCGCGGCAUCCGCAACCACAAGGAGGAUGAGGCAAAGUAUAUCUCUCAGUGCAUUGAUGAAAUCAAGCAGGAACUGAAGCAGGACAACAUCGCAGUCAAAGCAAAUGCCGUCUGCAAGCUGACGUAUUUGCAAAUGUUGGGAUACGACAUCAGCUGGGCUGCUUUCAACAUAAUAGAAGUGAUGAGUGCCUCCAAGUUUACGUUUAAGCGCAUUGGCUACCUCGCUGCUUCCCAGUGCUUUCAUGAAGGGACUGAUGUCAUCAUGCUGACAACAAACCAGAUUCGCAAGGACCUGAGCAGCCCCAGCCAGUACGACACUGGUGUUGCACUGACUGGACUGUCCUGUUUUGUUACCCCAGAUCUUGCCAGAGACUUGGCCAAUGAUAUCAUGACACUGAUGUCACACACGAAACCGUACAUCCGGAAGAAGGCCGUGCUGAUCAUGUACAAGGUGUUCCUGAAGUACCCCGAGUCGCUUCGUCCCGCCUUUCCCCGCCUGAAAGAGAAGCUGGAGGACCCUGACCCCGGUGUACAGUCGGCGGCAGUCAAUGUCAUCUGUGAGCUGGCCAGGCGCAACCCCAAAAACUACCUGUCUCUGGCCCCACUGUUCUUCAAGCUGAUGACCUCCUCAACCAACAACUGGGUCCUCAUUAAAAUCAUCAAAUUGUUUGGUGCUCUGACCCCCCUGGAGCCAAGGUUGGGCAAGAAGCUGAUUGAGCCUCUCACCAACCUGAUUCACAGCACGUCUGCCAUGUCCCUUCUCUACGAAUGUGUGAACACUGUCAUCGCAGUUCUCAUCUCGCUGUCCUCGGGCAUGCCUAACCACAGUGCCAGCAUCCAGCUCUGUGUUCAGAAGUUAAGAAUAUUAAUAGAAGACUCCGACCAAAACUUGAAGUACCUGGGGCUGCUGGCCAUGUCCAAGAUCCUGAGAACGCACCCCAAGUCUGUGCAGGCCCACAAAGACCUUGUUCUUCAGUGUCUGGAUGACAAGGACGAGUCCAUCCGGCUGCGAGCCCUCGACCUCCUGUAUGGAAUGGUGUCCAAGAAGAACCUGAUGGAGAUUGUCAAGAAGCUGAUGACCCACGUGGAUAAAGCUGAAGGCACGACUUACCGGGAUGAGCUGCUCACAAAGAUCAUUGACAUCUGUAGCCAGUCCAACUACCAACACAUCACCAACUUUGAGUGGUAUAUCAGCAUCCUGGUGGAGCUGACCCGGCUGGAAGGCACCCGCCAUGGACACCUCAUUGCUGCACAGAUGCUGGACGUGGCCAUCCGAGUAAAGGCCAUCCGCAGGUUCGCUGUGUCGCAGAUGUCUGUGCUGCUGGACAGCGCUCACCUUGUGGCCAGUAGCACCCAGCGCAAUGGGAUCUGCGAGGUGCUCUACGCUGCUGCCUGGAUCUGUGGGGAGUUCUCUGAGCACCUACAGGAGCCCCACCAGACCCUGGAGGCCAUGCUGCGGCCCAAAGUUACCACCCUGCCUGGUCACAUCCAGGCUGUGUAUGUGCAGAAUGUGGUGAAGCUGUAUGCAUCCAUCCUGCAGCAGAAGGAGCGGGACUCAGAUGCUGAGGCAGCCCAAGAGCUCACCCGGUUCAUGGUCGAGCGGCUGCCACAGUUUGUGCAGAGUGCAGAUUUGGAGGUCCAGGAACGGGCAUCCUGCAUCUUACAGCUGGUUAAGCACAUCCAAAAGCUUCAGGCCAAGGAUGUGCCAGUAGCAGAAGAAGUGAGCGCCCUCUUUGCUGGGGAGCUGAACCCAGUGGCUCCCAAGGCCCAGAAGAAGGUUCCAGUCCCCGAAGGCCUGGAUCUGGACGCCUGGAUCAACGAGCCACCGUCAGACAGCGAAUCUGAGGAUGAGAUACCCAAGGCCAUCUUCCAUGACGAGGAUCAACGCCACGCCAAGCAGCCGCCGCCCAAGGCUGAUGAGGAGGAGCUGGCCCGGCGUCGAGAAGCCCGGAAGCAGGAACAGGCCAACAACCCCUUCUACAUCAAAAGUUCCCCAUCCCCCCAAAAGCGGUACCAGGAUGCACCAGGUGUGGAGCACAUACCUGUGGUACAGAUUGACCUCUCAGUGCCCCUAAAGGUGCCAGGGCUGCCCACCUCAGAGCAGUAUGUGAAGCUGGAGGAGGAGCGGCGGCACCAGCAGAGGCUGGAGAAGGACAGGCGGAAGAAGAAGAGGAAGGAGAAGAAGGGCAAGCCACGGCGCCAUAGCUCACUGCACACAGAGAGCGAUGAGGACAUUGCCCCCGCCCAGCAGGUGGACAUCAUCACUGAGGAGAUGCCCGAGAAUGCUCUGCCCAGUGAUGAGGACGACAAAGAUCCCAAUGAUCCUUAUAGAGCCCUAGACAUCGACUUGGAUAAACCCUUAGCUGACAGCGAGAAGCUGCCUGUUCAGAAACAUAGAAAUGCUGAGACUUCGAAGUCUCCUGAGAAAGAGGACGUGCCUGUCACAGAAAAGAAAAGCAAGAAACCCAGAAAGAAAGAGAAGAAACACAAAGAAAGAGACCGGGAGAAAAGGAAGGAGAAAGAGCGGAAGAGUGAGGACUUAGAUUUCUGGCUGUCCACCACACCGCCACCUGCUGCUGCCCCAGCCCCAUCCAUGCCUCCACCACUGGGUUCCCUGCAGGAAGAGCCAAGGGUGGAUGCAGUCGUUACUGCUCCUGAGGAAGAGCAUGAGGAACCCAAGAGGCAAGAACAGGAGGAGCAGGAGGAGCAGGAGGAGCGAGACCCCGAGAAGAAACCUGCCAAGCAUAAGAAAAAGAAGCAUAAGAAGGAGGAGAAACUGAAAGACAAGAAGAAAUCCAAGAAGAAGCCGCCUGUGAAUGAUGGGAUAGAGGAGCCCCUGGAGAACGGCGCAGUCAAUGAGGAGCCUCUCCCGCCCAUGUCCAGCUACUGCCUCCUGGCUGAGAAUUCCUAUGUUAAAAUGACGUAUGAUAUCCAGGGCAGCCUGCAGAAGGACAGCCAGGUCACCGUGUUUAUUGUACUGGAAAACCAGAGCAGCAGUUUCCUGAAGAGCAUGGAGCUCAACGUGCUGGACUCACUCAACACCAAACUGGCCCGGCCAGAGGGCUCCUCUGUCCAUGAUGGUGUCCCUGUGCCUUUCCAGCUGCCCCCAGGCAUCUCCAAUGAAGCUCAGUUUGUGUUCACCAUUCGGAGCAUUGUCAUGGCCCAGAAACUCAAGGGGACCCUGUCCUUUAUUGCUAAGAACGACGAGGGCUCCACCCAUGAGAAGCUGGACUUCAAGCUGCACUUCAGCUGCACCUCAUACUUGAUCACGACUCCAUGCUACAGCGAUGCCUUUGCCGAGUUGCUGGAGUCUGGGGACCUAAGCAUGAGUUCAAUCAAGGUUGAUGGCAUUAAUAUGUCCUUCCAGAACCUUCUGACAAAGAUCUGUUUUUAUCACCAUUUUUCUGUUGUGGAGCGAGUGGACUCCUGCGCCUCCUUGUACAGCCGAUCCAUCCAGGGCCACCACAUCUGCCUCCUGGUGAAGAAGGGUGAGAAGUCUGUAUCAGUAGAUGGGAAGUGCAACAACGCCACUCUGCUCAGCAACCUGCUAGAGGAGGUGAAGGCGACGCUGGCAAAGUGCUGAGUGUUAUCGCUGAGGCCACCACAGAGAGGACAUGAAGGAGAGACGGAUUCCAAGUGCUAGUUUCUCCUCUGUCGCAUGUACUUAUCCAACCUGGCGUUAAUUUAAGUCCGCUGUCGUCACCGGUUAGACAUUGAGGUCAUAUGUUCAUUAAUUUCUCUUGUCAUAUUUUUUACUUUGACUCUUCCGUCUCUCUUUGGGGAGAAACCCAUUCCAGUCCCCAAACCAUCAGUGACUCCUGUAGCGAGGGCCAACAGCACAUGGCUGCAGGAGCUGCCCAAGAAGUGGGCAUGACCACCAUCCAGGCCAGGACCUGUGGGCCCAGGUGGGGGGCGUUCAGUGGACAAGACGAGGGGGCGUGUCCUGCUUCUGUGAAGUCAUCCAGUCCCACAAGUCCCCAAGUCCCCUGCACACUGGUACCUGAGGGGUGAGAAACAGGCUGCCUGCUCACCACAGUAACGUUCCCUUUACCCUUCACAGCCACAGUCAGUUCUCUCCAGGACACAUGGUGGGAAAAGGGUUGUGCAGGCCAUUGUCCAUUGGAUUCUGUGUCCCAUUGCCAUGUUUGUGUGCCAGGUGGAGAAUGGUGGUAGACUCCAAGGCUCAGGGGUAGGGGGCUACAGCAAGGGAGGGGAUUCAUUCAGGAGCCCAACAGAGCAGAGGCUGGACCUUGCUGGUGUUCUCGGUUUUCUGUUCGGUAGUGUACGUCUCAGUUGACGUUUGAGGUGAGUGGUGGAGUGCGAGGGUUCCAGGUUCUCUCUCAUCACUGAGAGCUCCACAGGGCUUGUCCUCACAGCAUGCCCGCAGCUGCUGGCAGGGCCCGGUCCUGAGUCCCAUGGCCCUGGUGGUGAAGCACAUGUGUCUUGGGGAGGCCAGGUCCCUUAAUGUGUCUCAUGGGCAGGGCAAGGGGACUUCAGCCCACCCCAGUGAAAUUUUCCUCAGAAAUGAUGGUCCUCAAUGAUGUUUUAACUUUCCUUUUGAUGAAAACUGUCACUUUAGCAUGUAAUCUAUUACAGAAUCCUGUGCAGUGAUUCUAGAAUCUCAAAAUUGUAUGAUGUGUUAUAUAAGAAUUUGCUAUCAACAUUCCCGUGUAAAGGAGAGACAUAUCACGCUGCUGUCAUGAUUUUGUGUCAAGAUGAUCCAAUAAACUUGCAAAACACAUUUA